CAAACAGAUUCGAACUUCCAAAUAUUCCCUGCAAUUUCGGGGCUUCUUUUGCCAAUCCCAUCUCUCCUUCUCAAAUUCCCCUAUUUAAUUCACAAAUUCCUCUGAUUUCUCCAAUACCCAUCGAACAUGGCGAUCUUCUCCUCUUUCUCCUUCCCCAUUCUCGCUUCUCUUGCCCUCUUCCUCUGUUUCCUCUCGUUUUCUUCGGCUUCCGAUUCCUCCAGCUUCUCCAUCAUCGACGAAAACGCCAAACACCACCUGGGUUUCCCCGACAUUGCCGGUUCUGAUGCCGGAACUCCCCCUCUGCGAACCCAGGAGCAGGUUGCGGCUUUGUACAAGUCGUGGCUGGUCAAGCAUGGCAAGGCUUACAACGCGCUUGGCGAGAGGGAGAGGCGCUUUGAGAUCUUCAAGGAUAAUUUGAGGUUCAUCGAUGAACAUAAUCGGGAGCCGCGGAGUUACACGCUUGGAUUGACCCGUUUCGCCGAUCUCACCAAUGAGGAGUAUCGGGCCAGGUUUUUGGGCGGCCGAUUCUCCCCCAAGCCGCGUCCUUCCGCCGCCAAGAACGGUAGGUAUGCGAGUUCGCUCGGCGGUGAUCUGCCGGAGCAUGUCGAUUGGAGGGAGAAGGGCGCUGUUACGGCGGUUAAAGAUCAAGGGCAGUGUGGGAGCUGUUGGGCGUUCUCAACGAUCGCUGCAGUGGAAGGAAUAAACCAAAUCGUCACCGGCGAGCUGAUCUCUCUUUCGGAGCAGGAACUUGUGGACUGUGAUAAAUCAUAUAACAUGGGAUGCAAUGGUGGUCUUAUGGACUAUGCUUUCCAAUUCAUCGUAGACAAUGGUGGCAUUGACACUGAGGAAGAUUACCCUUACAAGGGUCGUGAUGGUGUUUGUGAUCCCAACCGGAGAAAUGCUAAUGUUGUAACCAUAGAUGGAUAUGAAGAUGUUCCUGAGAAUGAUGAGGGCGCCUUGAAAAAGGCUGUGGCAAGUCAACCUGUUAGCGUUGCCAUUGAAGCUGGGGGCAGGGCCUUUCAACUUUACCAAUCGGGAGUUUUCACUGGACGAUGCGGAACCGACCUGGAUCACGGUGUUGUCGCAGUUGGAUACGGUACAGAAAAUGGUUUAGACUAUUGGAUUGUGAGGAAUUCCUGGGGCAAAAACUGGGGAGAGAAUGGUUAUAUCAGGUUGGAGAGAAAUGUGGCCAACAUUACCACAGGCAAAUGUGGCAUAGCAAUAGAGCCUUCAUACCCCGUCAAGACAGGAAAGAACCCUCCGAAACCUGCUCCCUCGCCGCCAUCACCUGUCAAGCCCCCGACCGAAUGCGACGAUUACUACUCGUGCCCUGAAGGAACUACUUGUUGCUGUAUCUAUCAGUAUGGAAGUACCUGCUUUGGUUGGGGAUGCUGCCCGCUCGAGUCUGCAACCUGCUGUGACGAUCAGUACAGCUGCUGCCCCCGCGAAUAUCCCGUCUGCGACCUUGCCGAGGGAACUUGCCGUAUGAGUAAGGGCAGCUUGAUAGGAGUCAGUCUGCUGAAGCGCCUUCCUGCCAAACAUAAGGGGGUUGUCCAGAAGCUCGGAAAGAUGAUCAUCGGUUCUUGAGAGGCCUGCGAUUCUCAUCGUGGCCAUCGGAGGGUUCGACCAUUAGAGCACAGGAUGGCAAUACGGAAAGCUAUGGAAGAAGAAGCUCGAUGAGACCCCCAUGUAGUUAUCUCUGCUCUGGUGGGGGAUUAUAUUUACCUUUGACAUUAUUGAACUCUGAUUUGGUGUUAUUCCUAUUGCUUUUGAACAGUUAUAAUGACUUUGUACAUUAAAUCUCCUCCAAGAGAUAACUUGUAACAAACUCCUCUCAUUUGAUUUGAAUAUAAAGGUUGGAAAAAACACAUUUGUUCUCAUUAA